GGCUCUCUGGGCCCAUCCCCAUCUCUGACGGGCUCUCUCGGUGCCGCAGACCCCGCCGUGCUCCAGGACAGCCACUGCCACCCCGCGGUCCCCGUCCCGCGCCAGCCGUCCCCGCAGCGCUCCCCGCACUUCCAGACGUCGCCGUUGCUGCAUCCCCUGGUGGGGCAGCACGUCCUGUCAGUGCGGCAGUUCUCCAAGGAGCAGCUGUCCCACCUGUUCAACGUGGCGCACACCCUGCGCAUGCUGGUGCAGAAGGAGCGCAGCCUGGACAUCCUCAAGGGUAAGGUGAUGGCCAGCAUGUUCUACGAGGUGAGCACGCGGACCAGCAGCUCCUUCGCCGCGGCCAUGAGCCGCCUGGGUGGCUCCGUGCUGUCCUUCUGCGAGGCCACCUCCUCGGUGCAGAAGGGCGAGUCCCUGGCUGACUCCGUGCAGACCAUGUGCUGCUACGCCGACGUGCUGGUGCUGCGGCACCCCCAGCCCGGGGCUGUGGAGCUGGCCGCCAGGCACUGCCGCAAGCCGGUGAUCAACGCCGGGGACGGCGUGGGGGAGCACCCGACACAGGCGCUGCUGGACAUCUUCACCAUCCGCGAGGAGCUGGGCACGGUCAACGGCAUGACG